AUGUCGACCUUUGGUAAGUUCUUGAAAGGAGUUUUGCAGUUUCGAAAAAGUGUUCGCGCUCCUAUGGUUAAGAAGAUACAGGAGGUUACAGCGCAUGGGCAUGCAUCGGCUGUAAUGUACGCUUGUAUGGAUGCACGAAUAAAGCCUUUAAGGUCUUCCUUACACCUCGGUGAAAUUUAUAUCGUUCGUAAUGCAGGGAAUAUGAUACCUAUAGGUGAGACAGUUUUAGGAGGUUGUGGACAUGAAGUUUCUCCUAUUGCUGAACCUGCUGGGCUAGAUUUAACAGUAAAAUUGGGAAAAAUCAAACAUGUAAUUGUCUGUGGACAUUCAGACUGCGCAGUAACUUUAUAUGACAUUUACAAAAACCCAAACAAAUUCAACAUGAAUAGUCCUUUACAUCACUGGCUAGAACAACGAGGUAAUGAAAGUCUUAAAAAGCUCGAACACAGAAUAGGCCAUGGCCCGGAGUAUAACUUCGAUGCCAAAAUUGACGCAGAAGAGAAGCUUACUGUUCAAGACAAGUUGUCCCAAAUUAACACCUUGCAGCAAGUCGAAAACAUAACAUCACAUAAUUUUCUUGCUGAAAUUCUUGAGCAAAAGCAAGUCAACCUACACGCUUUAUGGUUUGAACUAAAGACGGGUGAUCUGCACAUGUUUUCAAAAGCUAACGAACGUUACGUUGUAGUUGGAGAAGAAAAUAUUAAUGAUCUUAUCCACGAGGUUGAAAAAUAG